AUGACACUACCCUCUCUAGUUCUUCCCUCAGUGUUUCUGCUCCAGAAGACACCCUCCUCACCAGUCACAUGUCAUUCAACGGGUUUCUUCCCUGAAAAAGCCCAUCUUUUCUGGAGGAAAGAUGGAGUGGAGAUUCAUGAAGGGGUAGAACAUGGAGACAUUCUUCCCAAUGAUGAUGGAUCCUUCCAGAUGAGUGUCGACUUGAAGGUUAUCUCAAUCCCACCAGAAGAAUGGGGGAGAUACGAGUGUAUGUUUGAGUUCUCUGGUGUGCAGAAUUAUGUUGUAACCAAACUGGACCAAGACACAAUCAGAAGCAACAAUGCAAAAAGUUCAUUAACCACAACCGCCAUCGCUGUUAUUGCUACGAUUGGAUGUGUUAUCGUCAUCGUCAUUGUUGCCUUGGCAUCCACCUCUUUCAAAAAGAGACAAUUGGCACACCGUACAGAGAGAUCUUCUACACCAUCCUCGGACAUCCCUUUGGACACAACCUCAGACACUGUCUCGGUCACCGGCUCGGACACUGCCUCAAACACGGGCUCGUUCUAAGAAAC